AUGCCGGAACGGUGCGUUGUCUACGGCUGUAACAACACAGCUAGUACGACAAAAGGUAUAUCUUUAUAUCGUAUACCUUAUUGUGAUGAUACAAGACAUAUAGCGAAAAGCAGACGAAAGAAAUGGGUGAGCUUCAUUCAGCGGAAACGGGACAAGUGGCAGCCAAGUGUAAGCUCAGUUGUGUGCUCACAACACUUCACGGAAGACUGUUUUGAGUACGGUUCUGACACUGUAGAAAAGUAUAAGUUCCCAAAGCUUAAGCAUGAUGAAAUUGGCAUCACCGCCGUGCCUUCUCUGCUUCCAAAAGCGACAACUUUGGAGAGUGAACGUAGUUUGCGCAUGGAGCGUAGAGGGAAGGUAUGUGACAUGUGUUGCAUCAUAUUUGACGAACUAUUGUCGUAUGUAUUCUAUAUUCUUUCGUGUUUCAAACAUCCAGAUUUUAAAUUAUUUUACUUGAGUGUAUAAGUGAUAGGAGGGCUACGUUAAUUUUAUAGAUAACGUUUGAAGAAGGAGUGCACACAACAACCGAGGACUCGCAGCCUUCAUCGUCAACAAACGUGAGUAUAUCUUGGACUUUGAAACGUGGGUAUUAUGAAGUUAGAUAAUAGAUUGACGAAGGGCCUUUCUGCUUAUUUUUUAAGGUAGUAAUAUAACCACUCAGCACAGCAUUAGAUAAUAGAUUGGCACAUUUAUAAAUAAGUGGUCUACAUUUAUUUAUAGAUAGCAUUUAUGGAAGAACGACCUUCAAAUAUUGAGGAAUCACAACCUUCAACCUCAAAAAAUAUCGUAAGUAUUUUGAGCUGUAACACUAGUCACACAGACCACACCACAGUAAUAAUAUUAUUUAAAUAUAUUAUUUUAUGCAAUGAUGUGUAAUGAAACCUAAUAUAUGGUGAAUAUGCAAAUUAGUCACAACCCAAAUUUUGUUAUUUCAAUAGCGUGGUGCAUGUAGCAAUUGUGAUGCCCUGUUGAAGAGAAAUAGGCAGCUCAAGACCAAUUGGCUCUCUGCAAAACACAAGCUUGAUGCGUACAGAAAGGAAAUGGAAAGCCAUUCAGGUACUGUCGAUAAUUUCUGUUUCAGACAAAUACAAAUAUCUAACUGCUUACCUAGUAUAAGUUAAUAUAAUGUUUUCUAUGAUCAUCAUGAAAUGCAGGAAACGAAGACAUUCCUCCUAUUAAGAAAAUGAGAGCACAUGAUUUCUCAAGUCCUACAGUGACAAGUGAUGAUGAAGAUGUUUAUAGUUCAGACGUUGGACUGCCUGCUGCAGAUGAUGUGUAUGAGGAAGAAACUGAGGAAUCAACUGAAACAGAGGCAGAGGACGAGACAAUCCCACAACAUAAAAAGUAAGUGCUCAACUAUAAUUUGGCAUGUAACAAUAUAAUUAAUAUACAACCAAUUUAAUACAUGUAAGUCUAGAGUAGAAACAUACAAAAAAAGAUUGACCAAAAACAGUACAUACAUGUAUGUGCAGACAGAUUAGUCACAAACUGUACUAACAUGAAAUGUAAGUGAGGUAAUGAAGCUGCAAGCAUUUACUAAAACAAUUCAAAUAUGUUGUUUUUUAGGAUAUUCUUGGAUGAUUCAAAUUUGAGAAGGGAACCAAAGUUUAUUGUGUUCUUCACACAGUUACUGGCACUUUUCAAAUUAUGUCCUUCAUGCAAAUUCGACCAUCCACUUGUGGAAGUGCAAGAGAAUGGUACAAUGGCUGAAGUAACCACCACCUGUGCUAGUGUGUGGCAAGACAACCAAGUGGUUUAG